AUGCAGGAAAAAAUCGCUAAUGUCCGUUGUUCUAGUCUACAAUGUGGUAAAGUUACAGAUUCGAUGUUAAAAUGCCCGAUUUGCUUGAAGCAAGGUAUUGAAGAGGUCUUUUGUGGAGAAUCUUGUUUCAAAGACGGGUACAAACAGCAUAAGGCUUUACAUUAUGGUACAGAUGGUUCUGGUGAGGUGUAUGAUCCGUUUCCAAAAUUCAAGUAUACUGGCAAGCUGAAAGCUCAAUACCCUCUGUCGCCAAAAAGACAGGUCCCAGAUGAGAUCGAGAAACCAGAUUGGGCAGAAAAUGGGCUACCCAUCAUCGAACAAAGAAAUGAUAGAACAAACAAGAUUCCUGUCUACAAUAAGGAGCAAAUUAAGAGGAUCAGAAAAGCUUGUGCUCUAGGUAGAGAAGUGCUAGAUGUUGCGGCCGCCGCAGUUAGACCAGGUAUCACUACGGAUGAAAUUGAUGAGAUAGUGCAUAACGAGACUAUCAAGAGGGGAGCAUACCCAUCUCCUCUCAACUACUAUAAUUUCCCUAAAUCCGUCUGUACUUCUGUGAACGAGAUUAUCUGUCAUGGUGUUCCUGACAAAUAUGUUCUAAAAGAGGGAGAUAUUGUCAAUUUAGAUGUCUCAUUGUAUUACCAAGGCAUGCAUGCAGAUUUAAACGAAACUUACUACGUUGGUGAGACUAUCGCCAAGGAUGUCAUAAAUACCGUUGAAACUGCCCGUGAAUGUUUGAAACUCGCCAUCAAGAUGUGUAAACCAGGCGUAACUUUUCAAUCCUUGGGAGACUGCAUUGAAAAGCACUCCAAAUCCAACAAAUGCUCUGUUGUUAGGACUUACUGUGGUCAUGGUGUCGGUGAGUUUUUCCACUGUGCCCCCAGCAUUCCACAUUAUGCUAACAACAGAACGCCCGGUGUCAUGAAACCUGGAAUGGUCUUCACUAUAGAACCUAUGAUUAACGAAGGUGUAUGGCAAGAUAUCACCUGGCCUGACGAUUGGACUUCUUCAACAAAGGAUGGUAAAGUUAGUGCUCAGUUUGAGCAAACCCUUUUGGUCACCGAGAAUGGUGUUGAAGUCUUGACGGCAAGGAACAAGAAGUCUCCAGGCGGCCCAAGAAAUAGGAUAAAAUAG